AUGUCCUUCUUUAUUCAACAGCAAACACAAUACACGGCUUACUCGGGAAGGGCGAUACAACCCACGCCACACCAGCGUUACCAUCCACCAGCCUCAUGCACCACACAAGCUUCGUGCAGUGAUCCUCAAGGAUGGCUGGCAGAAUCCGCAAAAGACUUGGUCAAUGUGAAUCCUUCAUCCAUCGUGCCUGGGAUCAGUCCCAAGCAGGUUUGUUCGCCGUCACAAAGAUUGCAUGGCUUGUAUACACCCGGGGAUUUUUGGAAUGCGAGAUGGUUGUCGCCUGUAGAGAGACACGAGCUGUAUGUAUCUUUCGGUGUGUUUGGUCGCAUCAUGCAAAGCCAUGACCCUAGCUCUUCAGAAUAUACUACUGCUUUUGAUGUGAUCAAGGAAAAGAGCAAGGAAAUUGCCCAAAAGGAGGCACAAUGGUACAGUCAAUUUGGCGCUAGAGGGAAGGGGACUUUGAAGGAGCGGACCGAGCGAUUCAAAGAGAUUCUGAUCGAACAGAUGCACGAAGUAGACCUUAGGGCUAUUUCUCAAGAAAGCAGCGCCGCUUCUUCAACGCAGAUUGCUUCGCUAGGACAACAGCCUGGUGCAGGUAACAACACUGCAAUCGUCAUUGACGAUGAGCGAGGCGCCUCUUCAAGCCCAUCGCGCGACCAGAAGCGCCGUGCGUCAGAGCCAGAAGCUGGGAAAGACUGCCGACCCGCCAAACGACUCGCACCAGAAUUGGACAAGUCAGUGCGACUGGAAAGGCAGGCAAAAGCUGAGGCGGAACACCAGCGAUAUCUCGCCCAGAAGGAGAUGGUUGACCGUAUCUACCUCGAUGGCGAUCGGUCGCGGAAACCAACAGAUCCCGUGUGGCAAAAGCUGGCCGCCUUCGAUGCCUUCGAGGCCGCGAAGCAAAAUCUGCAGCCAAAGAAGAAACGCCGACAGCCAUCGCCCGAGGAAGAUGAACAAGCAUUUUCGGAUGUCGACGAGCGCUUCAAGCUUCCAUCCCGCGACUUGGCAUCAUACCCACUGAAGACACCAGACAAGUACAUGUGUCUUCACGUCGACUCGGGAUGCGGAGGCAGCAAGGACUGCACUUGCCACAACCACAACUGUUGCCGCAACGGCUUUACCCUCCGCCAGCUCGAGGGCGCCGUCAAGCGCAAGUACGAAAGGAUUUGUUCCAAAAUUGAAGAACAAGCCUUCAUCCAUGGCAAGAUUCCGCGGAAACUCAAGACGUGGGAGAAUUGGUACAGCAAGGAGAUGCGGGACCGAGACUCGACUCGCAUCAAGGCUUGCAUGCCACCACUGGAGUGGAAGCCUGACCCGCGCAUGGCAGGCGUGAAUUCGGCUGCACAGUCCUUGAGAGCUCCACAACAAGCUGCUGCCAAGAAACCUCGUGUGAACCCUCGAUCUGCGCUUGGGCAACUGCAAAAGAGGCAAAGGGAAGAGGAAGAGAGGCGGGUGGAGGAAGCGAUUUCCCGGGCAACACAGGGGGUUGUUGGGGGCGCGGAAGGGAGUGGGAGCCAGGGAGCUGAACAAGCUCCCCCUAUUAUGCUCACGGAGGUGUGUAAGGGGCGUGAGCAGCCAGAACAGACUCCCCUUCAGGUCGAGCAUCAGGAGGCCGAGGAGCCAAUCUCGACGCCGGAAGAGAAUUCCCCCAAGGAUAAUGGGGAUGAAGAUCUCGACGAUGAUGAAGAUGGAGAUUUGGACGUGGAGUUGUUUGGCGAGCCAUUAAACGAAGAUGGCGACAACGGUCUCAGUUUGGAGCAACCGAGUGGAGGCUUCCAAGCCGGACUACUCGACGCUUCCGAGCUGGCAGAUAUCCCCGAUUCUGCCGUACCGAUUUCGUGGCAGGUGUUCGAUUUGGCGACGUUGAGCGGAGACACCCAAAUCGGAUUGUUCAACAUUUCUGAGCUGGCGGAUAUACUCGAUCCCGCCAUGCCAGUUUCGGGAGAUGGCUUCGAUGGCAACUUUUUUGAGGACUUUUUCUAA